GGUCUCUUCGAGUUUGGGUUUGGGGGACUAUGGCGAGUUGUCUGCUGGGGUGUGGGGUGAAAAAGGCUGACAACGUGGUUAAUCUGGCCCUGUGGAUAGACUUGAGCGAAUUGGGGGGACACAGACGCGGCUGUCGUAGGGCCUCAGGACCCCAUUCCGCAGGGGUCCUAGGGUGGGCGUGGAAGACAGGCACGGCCUCACUGCAUCGCCUGCGUUCCCCCAGUCCCAACCCUCCUUGCCGCAUCCACCGAGGCAGCCGCAACAGGCAACCGAAAACUAAGGAAGGGGGUGGGGGAGGUCGGGCCGCGGACCCUUUAAAUACAGGCCCCGCCCCGGCCCUCCUCCCCGUCAGUCUACGCUCAGCUCGAGCUGCCGCCGCCAUGAUCUGUUUGUUGCUGACCAUCUUCGCUAACCUCUUCCCGGCGGCCCUCCCCAGCGUGCAUGAGCGCACCUUUCUGGCCGUGAAGCCGGACGGCGUGCAGCGACGGCUCGUGGGCGAGAUCGUACGGCGCUUCGAGAGGAAGGGCUUCAAGCUGGUGGCGCUGAAGCUGCUGCAGGUGACGGAAGAGCUGUUGCGCGAGCACUACGCGGAACUGCGUGAGCGCCCCUUUUACGGCCGCCUGGUCAAGUACAUGGGCUCGGGGCCAGUGGUGGCCAUGGUGUGGCAGGGACUGGACGUUGUGCGUGUCUCGCGGGCGCUCAUUGGGGCCACAGAUCCUGUGGAUGCCCCGCCUGGCACCAUCCGCGGUGAUUUCUGUAUCGAGGUCGGCAAGAACGUGAUUCAUGGCAGCGAUUCCGUGGAGAGCGCCCGCCGUGAGAUCGCGCUCUGGUUCCGCCCGGACGAGCUCCUGUGCUGGGAAGACAGCACCGAACACUGGCUAUAUGAGUAAUGGAACCCAAGGUCCGGGCCUCCUCCAGAGGCAGAGGACUCAAGUCUGGGCGCCUGGGGCUUCUAAGGUAGAAGUGCUCUAAUAGGUUGUGGAUGACUUUGCACUCUCUGGGCUCCAGAGGUGAUGCUCUCAGAACACUCCUUCUGAAGCAGGGAUCAAUCACAGUACUCCUUCAGGACUUCCUAUAGGGCAGAUGGGUCUGCCCAAGACCUGGCAUGCCGUUUGCAACACGCCUGGAAAUGCACCAGGGUGUAGACCCUGGCCCUCAGGUUGGACCAGCAUUUCUUUUUAUAAUAAACAAGAAAACUCUUGUGCUCA